AUGUCGCAUCCUUCUUUCGGUAUCCCCUCGGCCCUAGCAUCCCGACGAGGCGGCCAGAACAUCAAGCCGCUGUCAUUCGAGACGGCCAAGUCCCCGACCGAUAUCGAUAAUGGCGCUCCCACCCCAAGAACCAGCCGAUCCCACCUGCUUGCUGGUCUCCGUACCGCGCCCAAGUCUGCGUCGGCUGCGAGCUUCUCAAAUGGCCUCCCUUCGCCAACCGUCGCAACCAAUGGUCGGAAUCGUAUCUCGAUGACUUCUAACAUGUACGACAAUGCCAGUUUGUUAAGCGGACCCAAGACAUCGUUGCCUCGGUUCGGUGCUGGUCAUCAGCAACAACAUGGACACAACUCUAGCAUGGGCUAUGGACAGCAACUGCAGCAACAGCAGCUACAGCAGCAACAACAGCUACAGCAGCAACAACAGCUACAACAGCAGCAACAGCUCCAGCAGCAGCAGCAGCUCCAGCAGCAGCUCCAGCAGCAGCAACAGUAUGGGCAGCAGUAUACUGCCGAUCAGGUUUUGGCACCUCCUCAAAUUCAGCUCGACGAUCAAACUCAGGAGCAGAUCGAUCCCAACCUGCAUGCUCAACUCUUGUAUACCAACGCCUAUCUGUCGGAACAGCAGUUGAGACUGCAACAACAGCUCAGGGCGCUCCAGGCCGCAGCGCAGCAGUUCCAGGGUUUGAGCAUCAAUCCUCAGGUUCAGAUGGUCUCGCAACAAUCAGGGUAUCAAAACAUCUACCAGCAGCAAGCCCAGAAUCUCCAGAACCUUCAAAACCUUCAAGCCAUGAUGACACCUGCCACGACACAGCCCCAGGUUUACAGCGUCUACGAUCCUGCGACUGGCCAGCAGACGCUGUUCAUGGACCAGGGCCAAACGAACCAACUGAACCCUCAAUAUUACAACCAGGCUCAACUGUCCACCGCGUACUCGAAUAUGCAGCAGUCCAGCGUUGGCACCCCUCGUGUUCAGGUGUCUCCCCCGCCCGCUGAGGGCAGCAGGACCGGAUUCCGCAACCCGUCGCCUCCGCGUCGUUUCGAGUCGCCGGCUGAGAAUCCCGUUCCUCUUCCACCGCCCAGCGCAAAUGCUUUCCGCCGGGGCCACAAGAAGUCCUCGUCAAUUGCUAAUGGCAACAAGGGUCAACUGUCAAUCGCUACUGAUGACUCGCUCAAGUCUACGGGUCCCAAAACAGCCUCCUUCCCGCUAACACCCAUGACUGCUGGUUAUGGUCCCGGACAGGCUCGAGCUGGCGAGCACCCCGUUCGCCAGCCCCGUAAUCCGCCAUCGAUGGAUGAGCUCAAGGCGAAGCCAACUGCCAAACACGAAGGUAGCAAGAAUUUCGUCACUCGAACUCGUCGCUCGGCGAUCAGCAAUCUUGUCCGGGCAGGCCUGGAGCGGCGCAAGGAAGCCCGCAGCUCCGGCAGUAUUAGUCCCAUUUCUGAGAGCACCGAAGAGAUGGUCGAGACCCCGAUGACGGACAACGACAGUGAUUCUGGUCGUAGCGGCUCUGGAAGCUUGGUUGACCACGAUGCCGAGUGCAGCCUGCCUAGUUCGCGGACUAGCACUGGUAGUUGGGGUGCAAUUGGAUCCGAUCGCCCGAGCUCCCGACAAAAGGUGAACCGCACCAGUGUUGAUAGCACUGCUUCAUCUGACAGCGAGAGUGCUCGCGACCCGGGAAGCUUCGCCAGCCUCCUCAAGAAGAGCAACAGGGAAGCCAAGACGGAGGCCGUCGACGGACAGCGCAAGGCACCAAUGCUUGUCCUGACUAGCGCCGAGAGGCGCAAGACGGCUAUGUAG